GAAGGCAGGUCAGCCCGUCCCCUAGCUGCCGCACUCACAUGUGGCCGCUGCUCACCAUGCACAUAACCCAGCUCAACCGGGAGUGCCUGCUGCACCUCUUCUCCUUCCUAGACAAGGACAGCAGGAAGAGCCUCGCCAGGACCUGCUCCCAGCUCCACGAGGUGUUUGAGGACCCCGCACUCUGGUCCCUGCUGCACUUCCGUUCCCUCACUGAACUCCAGAAGGACAACUUCCUCCUGGGCCCUGCUCUCCGCAGCCUCUCCAUCUGCUGGCACUCCAGCCGUGUGCAGGUGUGCAGCAUUGAGGACUGGCUCAAGAGUGCCUUCCAGAGGAGCAUCUGCAGCCAGCACGAGAGCCUAGUCAAUGAUUUCCUCCUCCGGGUGUGCGACAGGUGCCCCAAUCUGGCAUCCGUCACUCUGUCGGGCUGCGGCCACGUCACCGACGACUGCCUGGCGCGCCUGCUUCGCUGCUGCCCACGCCUGCGUGCACUGCGCCUGGAGAACUGCGCGCGCGUCACCAACCGCACGCUAGCGGCCGUGGCGGCGGACGGGCGCGCGCUGCAGACGCUGCACGUGGACUUCUGCCGCAACGUGAGCGCGGCCGGCCUGCGCCGCCUGCGCGCCGCAUGCCCGCGCCUGGCCCUGCGCGCCGAGCACAGCGCCGCCAUGCUGCCCGACCAACCCCCGCGCCCGCGCGCGCCCGCCGCGACCCUCGGCAAGCUGCUGCAGCACUAGAUACCGCCCCGCCGCGACCCCGGGGGGAGGAGCGCAGCCCCAGACAUCCUGGUUUCGACCCCAGCUCUUCCACCUUCCAGACCAGCACCGCAUCUUCUGAGCCUCAGUUUCCCCAUCUGCACAGUGGGGACAACAAUGCCUACCUCACGUUACGACUUUAUACCCAGAGGAACGCAAGAUUAAAUGGAUGUUUG